UAACCCACUGCACUGCGGCACAUUUUCAGAUCGUUCAUUAUCGAUGUUUAAAAUAGAUGGGAAAAUAAUGCAAUCGAUUUGAAGGUCCAAGUGGUCAACCUGGGAAAGGCAUUCGGAGAUAAAGUGUUGAUGUUUGAAAUUUUUUUUCAAAUGACUGGAAGAACUUUAAACCUUGGACUUCUUGGAGUAAAAAGUUCGAAGCAGAAAAAAUUCCGGAAUAAUUUCACAAGGCGUAGUCCUCCUAUUACUAUGAGGAUAAUGUCGUCUUUAGUAUCAUUUAUACAGUUCGUAAUCAAGAAACAGUAUUCAAGAAAACAAACUACAGUUAUGGACUCAUCUGACAAGGACUGUGGGUGUGAUGUGCCUAGAAAACCGAAUGUUCCUCCAACUGUUCUGGUGUCCUCCCAUAAUGAUAGUGUCAGAGAGGAAGGGAGUGUACCAAUUGCUGGUUGCAGGCUUGGUAAUUUUCCCGACCUUACCCAUCAUAAUAACUGGAUGAGCAAGUGUCUGAACAUGAAGAUUUAUGACGAACUGAAGGACAAGAAAACUGCAAGUGGUUUCACCAUGGACAAGGCUAUUCAGACUGGGGUGGACAACCCAGGUCACCCAUUCAUAUUUACUGUUGGCUGUGUGGCUGGAGACGAAGAAUCCUACGAAACAUUAUCCGCUCUGUUUGAUGAGGUGAUCUACCACCGUCACAAUGGAUACGCGAAAGACGCACUGCACCCUACCGAUUUAGACUUCAACAAACUGACUGGCGGUGAAGGUCUGGAUCCUAAAUAUGUCUGGUCCUGCCGUGUGCGGACAGGUCGCAGUAUCCGGGGCUACUCGCUGCCUCCCCAUUGUAGUUGUGCAGAAAGAAGAGAUGUGGAGCAGAUCCUGAUAAAGGCUCUUGACACAUUUUCUGGAAAAUUCCGAGGGAAGUAUUACCCUUUGAACAAGAUGACUGAUGAAGAACAAGAGAAGCUCAUUGAUGAACAUUUUCUGUUUGAUAAGCCUGUAUCUCCACUUCUGACAUGUGCUGGGAUGGCACGAGACUGGCCUGACGCUCGUGGAAUCUGGCACAACGAUGACAAGAACUUUUUAGUCUGGGUAAAUGAGGAGGACCACAGUCGUUUCAUCUCCAUGGAGAAAGGAGGAAACAUGAGGGGAGUGUUCCAGAGAUUCUGCGAUGGCAUCGGUAUGAUCGAGACAGCAAUCAAAGACCAGGGCUUUGAGUUUCAGUGGAACAAACACCUUGGGUAUAUUCUGACCUGCCCUAGUAACCUCGGCACUGGUCUCAGGGCUGGCGUCCAUCUUAGCUGUCCUAAUCUCUGCAAGGAUUCACGCUUCGAGGCAAUUCUAGAACGUCUUCAUCUUCAGAAGAGAGGAACCGGGGGUGUUGACACUGAGGCCACUGACGGGGUGUUUGAUAUUUCCAAUUUGGAUCGGCUUGGUAAAUCAGAGGUCGAAUUGGUGCAGCUUGUCAUCGUUGGUGUAGAACUGAUGGUCCAGAUGGAAAAAGCACUAGAAAAGGGGGAGAAUAUCGACCAUCUUGUUCCCUGCCAAGGCUACGUUAGGCGACCUGAAGAGAGCUACCCAGACCUGACCAAGCACAACAACUGGAUGGCCAAGUGUCUCACUCCAGCUAUUUAUCACAAGUUAAAGAAUAAAGAGACCUCAAGCGGUUUCACCUUUGAUAAAGUGAUCCAGACUGGUGUCGACAACCCUGGACAUCCGUUCAUCUUCACUGUUGGUUGUGUGGCUGGGGAUGAGGAGACCUAUGAGGUAUUCGCUGACCUUUUGGACCCCAUAAUCGAGAAACGUCACAAUGGGUAUCAGAAGUCCGCCCUCCACAAGACUGAUCUCGAUUUCAAAAAUCUGGAAGGAGGAGACGAUCUCGAUAGUAAUUACGUCUUGUCCUGUCGUGUCCGAACCGGUCGCAGUAUCCGUGGUUACAGUCUCCCACCACACAACACCAGAGGCGAGAGAAGAGAGGUUGAAAGAAUUCUACGAGAAGCGCUGUCCACACUAUCUGGUCCAUUAAAAGGGACGUACUACCCACUGUCAAAGAUGACAGAUGCAGAACAGCAACAGCUUAUAGAUGACCAUUUCCUCUUCGACAAACCAGUGUCUCCGCUUCUGACAUGUGCUGGGAUGGCAAGAGAUUGGCCUGACGCUCGUGGAAUCUGGCACAACGAGAACAAGAACUUUUUGGUGUGGAUUAACGAGGAGGAUCACGCAAGAGUGAUCUCAAUGGAGCUAGGAGGCAAAAUGAAAACAGUUUUUAAGCGAUUCUGCGAAGGGCUUAAGAGCUUUGAAGAUGGCAUCAACAGUCAUGGCAAGGAGUUCAUGUGGAAUGAACAUCUCGGAUUCAUUUUGACAUGUCCGUCGAACCUCGGGACUGGACUCCGUGCUGGUGUUCAUGUCAAGCUACCACACAUGGCCAAACACAGCAGAUUUGAAGACAUCUUGCUGGGGUUGCGGCUUCAGAAGAGGGGCACAGGAGGCGUUGAUACUGCAGCGGAGGGUGGAGUCUUUGACAUCUCGAACCUUGACCGCUUGGGUUCGUCUGAGGUAGCCCAAGUCCAGAUGGUUGUUAACGGUGUAAAGUUACUGAUCAAGAUGGAAAAAGAACUAGAAAAGGGUGGCGACAUCCAGAAACUUAUUGCCAAGCAUCUUCCAAAAGUAGCUGCUAUGAGGGAACCAUGGGCAAUCGACAAGCGCGCUCCUCUGAUGAACAGCAACUACCCUGAUCUGUCCAAGCACAGUAACUGGAUGGCCAAGUGUCUCACAAAAAACAUCUUCAAUCGUAUUGAGAGUCGUAUGACCAACAAGGGCUGUGUGAUCUACGACUGCAUCCAAACAGGUGUAGACAACCCAGGGCACCCGUUCAUCUUCACCGUAGGCCUCGUAGCUGGAGAUGAAGACAGCUAUUCCAAAUUUGCAGAGAUUUUUGACCCAGUAAUUGAGAGACGACAUAACGGUUACACCCCUGAUAAGGUCCACUGCACCGACCUUGACCCUUCACAUCUAAAGGGAGGUGAAUUGGAUGAAGAAUUUGUGCUAUCUUCUCGUGUCCGGACUGGACGAAGUAUAAGAGGGUUUGCCCUCCCACCAAUCUGCAACAGAUUUGAGCGCCGGGAAGUUGAGAGAAUCUCCGUAGUAGCUUUAUCAGCUCUAGACGGGCCACUCAAAGGCAAGUACUACCCGCUGAACAAGAUGACGGAUGCGGAGCAGGAACAGCUCAUAGAUGACCACUUCCUCUUCGACAAACCAGUGUCUCCGCUCCUGACCUGUGCUGGGAUGGCAAGAGAUUGGCCUGACGCUCGUGGAAUCUGGCACAACGAGAACAAGAACUUUUUGGUGUGGAUUAACGAGGAGGACCAUUUGCGGGUCAUUUCCAUGGAGAAAGGUGGCAACAUAAAGAAUGUCUUCAAUCGUUUCUGUGACGGUCUAAAGAAAGUAGAGGAUUCUAUCAAAGGAGAAGGUUACCAGUUCAUGUGGAGUGAACACCUUGGCUACAUCCUCACUUGUCCGAGCAACCUGGGAACAGGAUUGCGCGCCGGUGUUCAUGUCAAGCUUCCGAAGAUCAGCGCAGAUUCAAGAUUUGACAAAAUCCUUGCAGCACUUCGUCUCCAGAAGCGUGGUACAGGUGGCGUUGACACAGCGUCAACAGAUGGCACUUUUGAUAUAUCAAACUUAGAUCGCCUAGGCAGCUCUGAGGUACAACAAGUUCAGAUGGUUGUUGAUGGUGUGGGACUCCUCAUCCAGAUGGAGAAACGCCUGAUGGCUGGAGAGAGUGUCGAUGAUCUGAUGCCAGAAGACGAGACAGUCGCAGGGGCGGAGGAAGCUUAAAAGGAGAAAAACAUUUUGCUUGCCGUCAUUUGACAUUACUAAUCGUUUGCAUGUUCUCUUCAUUAUCAACUAAAAUUAAAUGCUUUCAAAGGAUGUGACUUUACCAACAGCCUGGCAACACCAACAGAAAGAAUGAUUUCCUUUUGUUGACCUCUGGGGACAAAUAGUUUUAGACUUUUGGCCGAUGGCUUAUUUCGAGCUUUGAGUGACAAAAUUCAGUAGAGCCCAAUCUAACUCACCUUUCAAUCCAUUUGUUAUUGCUUUCAACUUAUGCAAGAACUAUUUUGUGAGAA